AGAGUGCGGCGGUGAGGAAGGGACUGAGGAGCCCAGUCCGAGAUGACAGGGGCUGGGGAGCCUGGCUCCAUGCCCGACGUGCUGACCGGAGGGCGGCUGCCCCGGGGUCCCAAACUCGGCCUCCGCUGGGCCCGAGGCCUGGGAGAGCCCCUGGCACCCGGUUUCCAUCCUUCUGUAAGCUGUCACCAUGACCCUGACAAAAGGUUCCUUCACCUACUCCAGUGGGGAGGAAUAUCGUGGCGAGUGGAAGGAGGAGAGACCUGCUCCAACUCUGGUGGCUGCGACUUAAGAUGGGAAGGUCGCAGGAGCCAGGUUAUGACUCUGGGCCGCAGACAUGGUUUUGGUCAACUGAUGUUUGCAGAUGGUGGCACCUACCUGGGUCAUUUUGAGAAUGGGCUCUUCUGUGGCUUUGGGGUACUGACCUUCUCAGAUGGCUCAAGGUAUGAGGGGGAGUUUGCCCAGGGCAAGUUUAAUGGCGUCGGAGUCUUCAUUCGACACGACAACAUGACCUUUGAGGGGGAAUUUAAAAAUGGCAGAGUAGAUGGCUUUGGCCUGCUGACUUUCCCCGAUGGGUCCCACGGAAUACCCCGCAACGAAGGUCUGUUUGAGAACAACAAGCUGCUGCGGCGUGAGAAGUGUUCCGCGGUCGUACAGCGAGCCCAGAGCGCCUCCAAGUCAGCCAGGAAUCUCACCGCGUGAUGGGCGCUUUGUGCACCCGCUGACAAGUGUUGGGUAAAGCAGAUGCCCCGCUAUUCACUCGAGGGGAACAAAUGAACCAGAUGUGAGAGGAGAGGACAUGACCUUGUGCUGUCCACAUCACCUGCCAGUCAGGGAUGCGACCACAGAGAAGUUCUGAGGACUGUGGCCCAGGCCCUGCAGCAGCGGUUUCCAGUCCUGUCUUUUCCGUGUCUCACUGUUGGUACUCUCUGUCCCUAACACCCUGGGUUACCCAGUGCAGACCUGCCGCUGCCGUGCACGUCCUUUCCUGCUAAGUGAGGCAGAAUCUCUUCAUUCUGCUUGUAUUUGGGGUGGAUGAGCCACAUAUAUCCCCUGUGAAGGAUUAGGUAACAGUGCUGUUUCCCUUCCCCUGACUUGACAAGCUGUCUUGCUCACCUGAAUUCUAGCAGAUACUCCCCAUUUGUGCCUCUCUCCUUCAUUAGACAUGGGACAGGAUUCCUUUAUGGGAUAGAGACUGAUGUAAACAGUCAUCUUAUAACUUGUAUUUAUUACUUACUCCAGGGCAAAGGGCAGACCUCUCUGGGCCAUACCAGGUCCUACCAUGGAGUGAACUGAAUCCUUAGGGCCGACAUAGCUCCUUCCCAGUGGACCAGUAGUUUAGGUAGAAUUGGAACCCUCCUGGAAUCCUGGUGAACUAGCCGAGCAUUUGGCUCCUUGCAUUUGGUUCACUGUGACUCUGCCACCACAAGCCUUGGCCAUCAGGCCUGGGGAUCAGAUCUUGACUGAUAGGAUCUCUGCACAGUUCUUCACAGAGGCCUCCAGUUACCCUGUGACCCAAACACACCCCACCCCACCCCACUCCACCCCUUUCUCCUCACACUGAAUGUCUCCUCAAUAGCAGAUUAUGGUGGAAAUUAUAGCCGUGUGCCUCUAUUCUUUGAAUGGUACUGUAGAAACAGGUGUUUAUGAGGAAUAAAACUACCAGAACUGCC